AUGGACAUCAUGCGGCAAAGGAGGGAGACUCGCGCCCAGGUUUGGGGGCCUCUGUGCUCGCUGCCAUGCAGAUACGUGAAGCGGGCCGUCAUCGCCACCUCCCUGGUGACGCUCAUCUUCGCCACGGUUGGUCCGCGCAGUGAUCGUUGGUGGCGGUCGCAGGGCAACGCGUGCGUGUGUCUGGCGGUGGCGCUCACGCGCCGCUUGCGAACUCUCACCAACUGCUUCACGGCGUCGCUGGCGGUCGCCGACCUCCUCCUGGGUGUGCUGGUGCUGCCCUUCUCGGCCUUCGUAGAGCUCCACUCGUCGUGGCCUCUCGGGCCCACCUUCUGCAACGUCUACACAAGCUCGGACGUGAUGCUGUGCACGGCCUCCAUCCUGCACCUGCUGGCGAUCGGCGUGGACCGCUACUGCGCCGUGUCCUCUCCGUUCACCUACGCGUGCAGGGUGACCCGCGGGCGGGUCGCGGCAAGCCUGGCCGUCAUCUGGCUAGUGUCCCUCGCCGUGUCCUUCCCUCCUCUGCACCUGGGCUGGAACACGGAGGACGGCACCCCGCAGAACAGGGGCCCCGGGGACCCCGCCGAUCGCUGCGUGUUCGAGCUGAAUCGCGGAUACGUCCUCUUCGACGCCACGGGCACCUUCUACGUGCCGCUCGCUCUCUUGCUGUUCACCUACAGCCGCGUGUUCGUCGUGGCUCGCGCGCAGGCCAGGAGGAUAGGCGCCGCAACGGUGGGGCGACGACGAGCACCGCUCACGCUGGCCGCGCUCAGGGAGCACAAGGCCACAGCCACCCUCUCGGCGGUGAUGGGCGCCUUCGUCACGUGCUGGUUCCCAUACUUCACCGUGUUCACCUUCCAGGGCGUCACGGGAGCCUCGGUGGAGGCGAACGCCUUCGCCGUGGUGCUGUGGCUCGGCUACGCCAACUCGGCGCUCAACCCGCUCAUCUACGCGACCCUCAACCGCGAAUUCAGAGCCGCCUUCGUGAAGCUCCUGCGCUGCGGGCGCCCGGGGAGGGCAACACCAGCGCCACUACCGUAGAUGUGGGCAGACGUGCAAAGUAAGGAGGAGGUGGAGGUGGUGGCGGAGCGAUUUUAGCGCGCUGCGCCAGGAACCCGGCGACCCGAGUUCGAUUUCCCGCUCACGGCCAACAUCGGUGACAAAUUGGUGAACCGGUGCUGGGCCUCCCCUAGGUCGACUCAGCCACAAAUGAGAACCUGGCACGGUGUAUAAAUAUCGCCACUGGGAAGACAAAGGCGCUCGGGCGUGGUGCUGGCCACCCACUCCCAUGCGUACCGUUUCGAGCUUUAUAGGUGCUCGCUAACAGCACUUGCCCGCGAGUCUGUUAAGGCUACACGGGAGGUCUUUGGUGCAGGUGGUGCAGGUAUGUUGAACUUCUUUCGUACCGUACGUAGCCGGCCGUGCUCAUCAGAGGUGCGGGCACCGAAAUACAUGCCUUUCAUGAAUGAAAAAUAAUCACCCGUUCUACCCUAAUGUUCAAUAAUCAUCAUGAGCAGCAAUAAUUGUAUCCACUGCUGGAUGAAGAAAGACCUCGCCAAGCCAUCCGCCACCUCUCACAAUCUCGCGAGGCAACAUCCCUUAUAAACUGACGUUUUAUUCCUGAUUAUGGAAACGAACCCCUUCGCUUCAGAUGUUUCAUUUCCUUGCGUUGGUCAUUGUCUCCUCGCCACUCCUGCGUGUUUACCAGACUGCUCAGACGUCCCUGCCAACCCAUUACUCAUGACACACAAACUGCGUGCCUCAAAUGAGCCACAACACCUCGCUGAUCUCAUCAAGGAGCAUAACCCAUCACGCGAACUCCGCUCAUCCUAGCAGCCGCUUUUGGCUCGCCAUCGAACAAAGACGGUCACUGCAUCGCACGCUUUCAGAUGCGCAUCUGCGGCCGUCUGGAACGCUCUUCCUUCCGAUAUUAGGAAGCCACUGGAGCUAUGCGCUUUUAAAUCUAGAGUUGAAAGAUAAUUUCUUUAGAACCUGCUUUUUGUGCUCAGUUUGUUUUCCUUCCCCGCACCUCCGAUUAUCACGGUUGGAUACGGUGCGAAAUAAGUUAAACAUUUGAGGGUGGCAGGGGUGGGGUGUGGAAUAUACCGUCCUGAAUAAACAAACCUGCGUCCUCGUGUUGCUGCUACAGCAUGCGUGCCCGUGUCCGUGUGGAUGUGCCCACGCGAACCCAACGUGGUCAGAUCACUCCACACACACAAUGUACGAAUGUUUAACUUCUGUCGCACCGUAC